AUGUCUUCUACCGUCCUUGCUGAUCGGGACGUCAACACGAGCGGUGCGGGUGCGAACGCUGCACAGCAGGAGGCCAAGGCAGAUGUAAAGAGCAUGGAGUAUCAUCGUCAGGUGUUGCAAUCAAAGCUUGAUGAGGGAAACGGCAAGCAAGCAUACAUCUCUCCAUCCGAUACCAUCAUGUCGCCGUGCACUGCCAAGCUGAGCGCUUACCGAAGUAAGCAAGUUGGGAAGGCAAAGCCACGAUCUCUUUUCGCAAAGGCAUCGGCCAAGGGCCUCGCUGCGGGCAACGGGAACAUGUUCGGCGCACAAAUCAACACUGAGAAGGCUACGAGCGAGGGGGAUUUGAAGAUGAAUGGACAAUAA